UCUUUUAUGUUGGCUGUGCGUGUGACAGAUCCUGGUCAAUUUGAAUAAUUCGUACAGUUCCGCUUGCCUAGAGAGUUUAAAGGCAACUCGUUGAGGAUAAAACAAUUAUGUCGCUUACGUUUGCUCAAAGAGGGAGACCACCCCCUUCUCCUGCUCAGAUCCAAAAGCUCCUGGAUGAAAACAGUCAACACAUAGCGACGAUUCAGGAUUACCAGGCUAGAGGAAAGACACACGAGUGCCUGCAGGUUGAGCAAAUCCUUCAUCGCAACUUGGUGUACUUGGCGUCUGUGGCUGAUCCAGCUCAGAACAUUCAGACACUUCUUCCUCCACCUCAAGGCAUGCCAAAUGCUCCCGGUAAUCCACCUCAACCAUCUGGUCCAAACAAUCAAGAUUCUGCAUCACCAGCUCCACCCAAUCCUCAACAAGGUGGGCCACAGGGUCCACCAGUAUCUUCAUACGGUGGGCAGCCGCCUGCCAAUCAACCGGGACCCUAUAGACCACCAAUGAUGCCAGCUGGACAGCAACCGGGAGGUCCUCAAGGUCCUCAACAGCCUGGAUAUCCUUACAACGGUCCACAGUCACCACAUGCUUAUGGCCAACAGCCACAACAGCAGCAGUAUCGUCCUCCUGCCCCUCAGCCAGGCUAUGGGCCUCAGUAUCCCCAGUAUGGUGGGCAGCCUCCUGCUCAGUAUCCAAACCAGCCUUACAAUCCGGCUCCCCAGCCAGGUUAUCAGAAUCAACCGUAUGGUGGUCAACCAGCACCACCACAACAACAACAGGGUUACUAUCCACCUCAACAGCAACAACCGUACGGAUAUCCUCAACCGGCUCCAUACGGGCCUCAACAACCGCAAGGUCAAAAUGCCCCAGUUAAUCAGAUGCCUGGUUCUCCGGCCGCUCCACAAGCAUCGUCAGCCUUUAACGGACCUACUCCACCAUCGUCUUCUGUUGCCCAGGGAAGUUACUCGCCGCCAACCGGUGCUACUCAGCCUUCUCAAUCACAUCCUCCUCAGCAACAUCCAUCCCAGGCGCAUCCCCCUCAACCUCACACACCACAACCACACGCUCCUCAGUCACAUACUCCUCAACCCCAUCCUUCUCAGUCGCAUCCUCCCCAACAACAUCCUUCCCAGCCCCAUCCUCCCCAACAACAUCCUUCCCAGCCCCAUUCUUCACAACCCCAUCCUUCACAACCCCAUCCUUCACAACCCCAUCCUUCACAACCCCAUCCUUCACAACCCCAUCCUUCCCAACCCCAUCCUUCUCAACCCCAUCCAUCCCAACCCCAUCCAUCCCAGCCCCAUUCUUCUCAACCCCAUCCAUCCCAGCCCCAUCCUUCUCAACCUCAUCCAUCCCAGCCUCAUCCUUCUCAACCUCAUCCAUCCCAACCUCAUCCUUCUCAAGCCCAUCCCCCUCAACAACAUCCCCAGCAACAUCCGCCGCAACAGCAUUCGUCACAACCGCAUGCCCAACAUCCUCCUCAGCAGCAUCCCCAACAUCCAUCUCAUCCUUCUCAACAACAUCCAUCUCAACAUCCUCCGCAACAACACCCUGCCCAGCAUCCUCCUCAGCAACAUCCAUCUCAGCAUCCGCCGCAGCAUCCGAGCCCGCAGCAACAUCCUCAACAGAGAAGUUCUCCGGGUCCGGCCACACCGACCCAAGCACAACCGAUGUACAGCCAACCGGCAACUGGAGGUACAAGUCCUGCUCCAGGACCUCCGCACAAUCCAGGACAGCCGUCUCAUAAUCAAGCACCGGGACCCCCUCACAGCCAAGGUCCACCUCAUAAUCAAUCGCAGCCUCCACAGCAGCCCCAGCCUUCUUACAACUAUGCUGGAGCACCACCAGGCGGCUAUCCGCAUUCCCAGCCAGGAGCUCCAUAUCCCUAUGCCAACAGCAUUCCACCUGGAGCUCCUCUGCCACCGCAGCAACCAGUCUAUGGGGCACCGCCAGCAGGUCAUCCACAGCCCGGGCCGCCUCCAACUGGCCCUUACUCGGCACCUGGACAGGGUCAUUACCCUCCUCCACCCAACCAACCUGGCGCUCCGUAUGGAGCACCUGGAGGACCUCAACCGUAUCCUCCUAUGCAACCGGCUUAUGGAGCUCCUCAAGGGCCUCAGCCGUAUGGUCCUCCAGCUCCUUCUGGUUAUCCUCCAGUCCCAAAUGCGCAGCCCGGUGCGCCCCAUGGUUACCCUCCAGCUGGUUAUCCUGCUCCAGGACCGCCACCGCCUAACUCGUAUGGACAAUAUCGUCCACCCGGUCCGCCUCAGCAACAGUAUCCAGGAUAUGAGCAACCACGCUACCCAGCGUACCAGCCACCACCUUAAAACACUUUGUCUUGGUCGACUUUUUAAACCGCAUCUUUUUAAGAAUUAAUUAUUGGGAAUCAAGAUUAUGGGAGUUUGAAGAAUACAAUUCGUUUGUCAUGUCA